AUGUUCACCUUCUCUUGCCAGUGCCAGAGUUGCCGAGGCAACCUCGUCGCGACGGAGAAGGAGUUCUACUUCACCUCAUCUCUUUUUCGAAUCGAUCUGGGCUGGGGCAAUGUGAAACGAAUUCGCCUCGAGACGCAGCAGGUGAAGGGGGUGCCCACGAGCGUGCUUGUGGUGGUGCUGCAGCACAACGAAUCCAUUAAGAUGCAGGCAAGCAGUCCCUCCGCACAGAAGAAGCGCCUCUUGUCCUCUCGCAAGUACUUCUUCUACGACUUUCAUGACCUCCUUGGAGCGGAGGAGCAGAUGAAGCGUCUCCUCGAGCAGUACCGAGCGUCCGAAAAGGCCAAGAAGGAUGAGGCUCGGGAUGACUCAGAGAAGGGAUCCUCGGCCACGACAAAGCAGCAGACCGGCAAGCCUGGCGAGAAAGACGAAGUGAGCACCUCGAUCUCGGGCGCUCCAAAGGAUGAAAGUCUGAACAACACCCGCACAACCACGAACCGCAAUCCGGACUCUGACGCGCGGCGGACGGCGCUCGGGCUGCCCUUAGCAGGUCGGCGCGCGCCGCCAUCGAGCUCAUUACGGCCCAAGCUUUCCGGCAAGCUCGUCAGCAUCCCUGUCGCAAGUGCCUCAAAAGUCCAAUCGGGCAAGUACGCGCGACUCUUUCUCAAGUUUUACCGGCACGUUGCGGCCGUGCUGAUCGUUGUCAUGCUUGCUCUGCUCACUCGACAUUACACCCACUUUGAUGACCUGCACGUGCAGAGUCCCUUGCAGAGAGCAGAGAAACUGCUGCGCGACAUCCACGCUCUGUCAGACGUCAACGCAAGGCUGGAGUCGUACGACAGUCACGAGACUCUGCGGCAGUACAACAAGAGACGGAAAGACCUGGCGGAGGAGAGUCGCACCUUCACGCAUCAGCUCGAGCAGGCAGCGAUGAAGCUGAUGGGCCGUUACGUCGCGCUGCAGGCCAAGAUGGCCACCUUGCGUGGCCACCGUGCCCAGCGCGUCGCGCAUGAACAGCAGAGAGGCACGCCGUCUCCACCGCCACCGUCCACCAUGUCGACCGUGUUCGGCACGCCAAUGACGGCCGCCGACAGGGCGCGGCUCUUCUCGCAGCGCGGAGAGGCAUGCCAAGCGCGCGCAGGCGACGGCGGCGCCGCCAAAACCGGCGCAGGCCGAUGCGGCAGCAGCGGCGCGGCCCGUAAAAAGGCCGCGAAGCGGAGGGUUGCUCCGCUCAAGAGCAUGUCUCUGUUGCGCCUCAAGUCGGAUGUGCAGCGCUGGGCUCGCCGGGCACAAUCUGCGUGGCAUUAUGCGAUCAGCUUCAUCUUUGAACCGCCAGUGAGACCGUCGACGCACCCCGCGCCCUCGGCGGGUGAGCAUCACGGCUCCGCCGGCGAAGCGGCAUGGACGGUCUACACAGAGAAGAUGGGCGAGUACUUCCGGCUGACGGAGUGGGUGUCGGCUGCCGAGCACAAAGACCGCCUUAGCUGCCUGCAGCUCACUCAAGAGCUGCUGGAGACGGUGGAGAUGACAGAGCGCGUCUUUGCCACCUUCAGCAAUGUGUUCCUCAUGGACCGAUACCGUAAGCUGGAGUCGGGCGAGGAGCGCGCCUCGCACUGGAUGCAGCCUCCGCAAGCACUCCGAACUGUCACUGGCGACAACAAGUACUACGCGGCCAACGCGUUCUCGAGCGAGGAGGUGGCGCAUGUGGCGAUGCUACGCCGCUUUGUGGGCAGUCUCGUGCACAGCGAGCCCUUGGAGGCGGAUCAACCUCGCCGUCGCCGUAUGGCUUUGCGGGUGGCCGACGCAAUGCUGAGCUACCGGGAAAGUGAGGUGCAGCUUCUGCGCGCGCGCAAUCAGGGCAGACCUGUCAACGCCACGGAGCUGUGGCGAGUGUUGGAGGAGAAGGUGCUGCGGCCCGCCACGAUGCCGCUGCGCGAGAACCCCGACAUUGACAACUCCACUGUGUACCUCCGCAACCCGAUAGCGGAGCUGCGGUUUUGGCACACGCACGAGGCUGCCUGGCGUGAACACGUACUCUCGUUCUUUUCACCUGAAGAGCAGGCAGAAAUUCGAAGCAGCCUGGAUACUGACGACCAUAGUCACCAAAGUCUCGUCGACCUAACAACUCCACCCGUGGAGCUCCAGUGGGUGAACCUGCCGCUGUUCCGCGGUCUCCUCUGCUUCGAAGGAACAUCGCACCUGCAAGGUAGCGCCAGCGAGGUUGCCGACGACGCCGCAGGCGACCUCGCACACGCAUCGGAAGACGAGGACAACGGAAACGCUGACGAGACGGCGAGCGACAUCGGCGAAGACAACACGGAGGAAUCGCCCUCGAAUACCUCCUCCGACCGUGCCAGCACGCGGCCCCACACGCCCGUGAUCUCCGCUUACUUGUUGCCAGCACCACCAACACACCGCACAGCAUCCACCACGAAAAAAAUGACACCGUCAAACCGCACAAACACUGCCACUUCGAGAUCUUCAAAGACCCCCGAAACACCACCGGACGUGACGGCUUCGCCGCAUGCGCAGAGCUCGAGGGCUGAGGACCUAUGGAAAGAAGUGAAACUUCGUUGGAUGGAUGACCUGAACGUCUUUCGGCUAGCCUUUGACGCGGACUCGGCGGGCCGCAGCGCCCAUGCCGCUCACUUGCACUGCACGGACAACGAUGAGCGCGGUGUCGUCGCUGACGCGGCCGAAGUGCACUGUCGACUCUCUGGGAUCCUUUCCUUGAUCAACGAGUUUUAUGUACGAUACUUGACACCAACAGCGCUGCAGCGCUUUGCCGCCUUCCUGCGAGUGCUUUUCCCGCCGUACUUCCAGUCCCACAGUAGUAGGGAGGUGUACAUUUCUGCCCUGCGGAGCUGGGGCGCACAGGACCCCGCCGUGCAGCUUGCCAUCGCUCAGGUCACAGGCUUUGCUCCUGGCACAACUAGCGAUGUCUCGCGCUCUCUCCUCUACAUCGUCUUGCAGCCCCCUCCUCUCUUGCAGGCGAGCGUCGUCUCCGCCCGCCACACGACCGUUGCGGUGAUGGUACUGGUCCUGUUUGGGGGAGUGUUGACCGCUCUCUACAUGAUGCAGUAG